UUUCAUUGUCCCAAUCCUGCCCUGUUCCACACAUUGUAACAAUUCCGCCCAUUUCCAAACACUGUCCCAAUUCUGUCAUUUUACGUACGUCGUCCCAAUUCUGUCGUUAAAUACAUUAUUUCAAUUCUGCCCUUUCCAAACAUUGUCCCAAUCCUGCCAUUUUACAUACAUUUUUCAAAUUCUGCCCUUUUCCAUACAUUGUCCCAGUUCCGGCCUUUUCCAAACAUUCUGCAUUAUGUGCAUUUCCAUACAUUGCCUUAAUUUUGUUUUAUAGCUUCCCACUUAAUGUUCUAUUAUCCACACCUUUUUUAUAUUUGACCUGUUUUUUCUCAUUCCAUAAUAUAUUUUUGAAUUGUCCAUUUCACCCAUUAAAAUGUUUUCCGUUUACAUCUUGUCACAUUUUUUAUUUCUCGUUUCUAUUAUUACUUAUUUCUUCUCUGUUCUCUAUUUCUAAACUUAUUUGAAUGUAUUAAACAUGCUCUGGACUUCACAGUGUUUUGCCUACCCAUAUUUCCCCUCGAUCUUAUUCCUUAUUUCUUUCAAACUCUUAUAAAACCUGUCUCCACAUUUUCAAACACCAUUUUUAUCAUCACUUCAAUUUCGUAUAAGGUGUUUCCCACAUCAUUCCACCCACGGUCAAUCUUCUUCGAAGUCACUGUCUUCCAGCACAUCGACGUUCCAUGCACUACAUCCUUGGACAUUUUCAUGCAGAUCGGGAUCGGACGUGCCAAGAACCUACGUCUCGUACACCGGCAGAGGAUCCAUCAACUGCAAACCAUUUACUUUCAUGGUCCUUACUCUGCCAUAUUACACCCAUUGUCCUUACCCUGCUAUAUUACACUCAUUGUCUUUACCCUGCUAUAUUACACUCAUUGUCCUUACUCUGCCAUAUUACACUCACUGUCCUUACCCUGCCAUAUUACACUCAUUGUCCUUACUCUAACAUAUUACACUCACUGUCCUUACUCUGCCAUAUUACACUCAUCGUCCUUACCCUGCUAUAUUACACUCACUGUCCUUACCCUGCUAUAUUACACUCACUGUCCUUACUCUGCCAUAUUACACGCACUGUCCUUACUCUGCCAUAUUACACGCACUGUCCUUACUCUGCCAUAUUGCACUCAUUGUCCUUACCCUGCCAUAUUGCACUCAUUGUCCUUACCCUGCCAUAUUACACUCACUGUCCUUACCCUGCCAUAUUACACUCAUUGUCCUUACUCUGCCAUAUUACACUCAUUGUCCUUACCCUGCCAUAUUACACUCAUUGUCCUUACUCUGCCAUAUUACACUCACUGUCCUUACUCUGCCAUAUUACACUCAUUUUCCUUACCCUGCCAUAUUACACUCAUCGUCCUUACUCUGCCAUAUUACACUCACUGUCCUUACUCUGCCAUAUUACACUCACUGUCCUUACCCUGCCAUAUUACACUCACCGUCCUUACUCUGCCAUAUUACACUCACUGUCCUUACUCUGCCAUAUUACACUCAUUUUCCUUACCCUGCUAUAUUACACUCAUCGUCCUUACUCUGCCAUAUUACACUCACUGUCCUUACUCUGCCAUAUUACACUCAUUGUCCUUACCCUGCCAUAUUACACUCACCGUCCUUACUCUGCCAUAUUACACUCACUGUCCUUACUCUAACAUAUUACACUCACUGUCCUUACUCUGCCAUAUUACACUCAUCGUCCUUACCCUGCUAUAUUACACUCACUGUCCUUACUCUGCCAUAUUACACUCAUUUUCCUUACCCUGCCAUAUUACACUCAUCGUCCUUACCCUGCUAUAUUACACUCACCGUCCUUACCCUGCCAUAUUACACUCACUGUCCUUACCCUGCCAUAUUACACUCACUGUCCUUACUCUGCCAUAUUACACUCACUGUCCUUACUCUGCCAUAUUACACUCAUUGUCCUUACCCUGCCAUAUUACACUCAUUGUCCUUACCCUGCCAUAUUACACUCAUUGUCCUUACCCUGCCAUAUUACACUCAUUGUCCUUACUCUGCCAUAUUACACUCACUGUCCUUACUCUGCCAUAUUACACUCAUUGUCCUUACCCUGCCAUAUUACACUCACUGUCCUUACUCUGCCAUAUUACACUCAUUGUCCUUACUCUGCCAUAUUACACUCACUGUCCUUACUCUGCCAUAUUACACUCAUUGUCCUUACUCUGCCAUAUUACACUCACUGUCCUUACCCUGCUAUAUUACACUCACUGUCCUUACUCUGCCAUAUUACACUCAUCGUCCUUACCCUGCUAUAUUACACUCACUGUCCUUACCCUGCUAUAUUACACUCACUGUCCUUACUCUGCCAUAUUACACUCACUGUCCUUACUCUGCCAUAUUACACUCAUUUUCCUUACCCUGCUAUAUUACACUCAUCGUCCUUACUCUGCCAUAUUACACUCAUUGUCCUUACUCUGCCAUAUUACACUCAUUGUCCUUACCCUGCCAUAUUACACUCAUUGUCCUUACUCUGCCAUAUUACACUCACUGUCCUUACUCUGCCAUAUUGCACUCAUUGUCCUUACCCUGCCAUAUUGCACUCAUUGUCCUUACCCUGCCAUAUUACACUCACUGUCCUUACUCUAACAUAUUACACUCACUGUCCUUACUCUGCCAUAUUACACCCAUUGUCCUUACCCUGUCAUAUUACACUCACUGUCCUCACUCUGCUAUAUUACACUCACUGUCCUUACUCUGCCAUAUUACACUCACUGUC